CCCCCUCCCUGUCUCACCAGCUCGUGAUGAAGGUGGCAGUCGUCUCCUGCUUUUGAAUCCGAGAUUGGAGCUCUGAAGGGGGUUGCCCUAGAGUAGGGAGGAGCUUCCUUAGUAAUGGCUUCUAGGAAGAGGAGGAUAAAGCCUUCUGAGCUGGUUCUGCCUUGCGAGUGGAAUGAUUGCACGUUUGUAGGAAAAUGCAUGGAGGAAUUUUGUAAUCACGUUGCCAGACACUUGAGAGAACACCUAAAUGACUCACGGGAAAAAUUAGAACAAUAUCAGUGUCUUUGGAGAAGUUGUGAAUUUUGUGCCGUUGGUCCCAAUGAAUUGAUAAUCCAUGUGAAUUUCCAUAGUCACCAUACUAAACUGAAGUACUUGGGCUCUCAAAUAAGAGCAUCCCACCAAGAUUUGCCAGAAUGUUCACAAAGUAAUCACAGCCAAAAUAUGGUCCCAGAGAUUACAGACACUUUUGUUUGCUGUUGGGAGCAUUGUGAUAUGACCAUCAAUAACCCAGAAUGGUUUUAUCAACAUGUUACCAUGCAUGCCUACUGUGCUGAAAAAGAAAGUCUCUUAAACAAUAAAAAAGCCAUCUUCUGUCGCUGGAAAGAUUGUGAUGGCACAUGUAAGAGUCGGCAUAAAUUAAGAGAGCACUUAAGAACACAUACUCAAGAAAAAGUAGUGGCCUGUCCUUCUUGUGGAGGGAUGUUCUCCAACAAUACCAAGUUUUUUGAUCAUGCCAAACGACAGAUUUCAGAGGAUAAACAAAUAUUUGUAUGUCAGUAUUGUAGCAAGCAUUUUGCCAGUGAGAGACUCCUACGGGAUCAUAGUAGAAUACAUAUUAGCCAUCUUAACUGUCCACUUUGUGACAUGGUAUGUGCAAACUUUUCAUCUCUGAAAACACAUAUCAGAUUCCGACACUGUGAUGAACGUCCUUUCCUUUGUGAUUUCUGUAAUAGCAGCUUUAAGAAUAAAUAUGAUCUACGUAAGCACAUUGAAACACACAAUGAUUCAUCUCCCUACUGUUGUGAUGUGAAUGGAUGUGAUUUCACUGCUCAUACCUUACAGACAUUUAGACAGCAUUACAAAAGAGUGCACGAAAGUAAUGGUACCAUAAAGUACAAAUGCCAUAUCUGUCAGAAGUGUUUUUCCUGGUGCUACACUUUGACUUUACACCUCCGGAAGAUGCAUCAGCUCAGUUUCCCUUCUCGCUUUAGGUACAAAGAAGAUGAAGAUGGUUACCGGACGUUGAAUAGAGAUAAUUUUAAAACUGCUAGGGAAUUAAAUUAUGAUUUUGUUUGCAAGAAGCCUCCCCAAAAGACUUUGGGAAGCCAAAAUUGUACUAGAAAUAAUAGCAAUGCUUCUUACAAAGGAUUGUUCACAGGAUUGCAUGCUUCCCAGUUUCAGCCACUAUCAGGAUCGCCAGUAGAAAAAUCUAUGUCAGAAGUGGAUACCUCUUUAAAAGAGACUGUAUAUUAUGAACUUCAGAGUGUUCCACUCUCAUUUGAAAAUCCUUCCAAUUGAAUUUAACAAAACUGUAGCACUGAAUGAAAUGGUAAAAUGGAAAAAAUUGAUACAAGUCUUUAUUGUUAAAAUGACUAUAUAGAAAUAUUAAAAUGUUUCUUGACUUUUAGAAAGGACUAUUUAGUAAUCAUUUUUAUGACAGCAUUGAAUGAGAUGAUGCCAGGUAAAAAAUCCAGUGCAAAAAAUUUGGCACUUUCCAUUAAUGAGGGGAAAUUCCAAGUUAAAAAAAAAAAAGAUAUAUAGUUAAAGUAUUAAGGAGGAUGGAGGGUUAGGGGUUUUCUUGGUCUGUUCUCUAACUCCCUUUUUCCUACUACUAACCUUACAAAUUUACAAGGGGAAGGAGGGAAGGAGGAAAGUAGAGGGGCAAGUUGGUAGAGAACUAUACCAGUUAAUCUUAGACUAGUAAAUUCAGAAGUAAUUUUAAUAAGGUAACCGAAGUAACCUUUUAAAUUCUUUAUAAAUGGCACCAUAGAAGAUUGACAGAGUUAAAUUUAUUUUCUUAAACUAACUUGAAGGCGUUAGUGAGUUUAAUUGGCAGAAGUUGGCCUAUUAUAUUAAAAGGAGUAAAAACUAUUCAGUUUUACAUGAGAGUUUGAAACGUUUAAGUAUGUUCAAGCAUGAUUUGUAAAAUAUUAAUCAUAUACAGUAUUCAGAAAGUAUAAUUUUUAAGUACAGAGCUACUAUGGUUAAAAUAAAUGUUUUUGAAAAAUUCUUGCCAAUUAAUUUAUGCCCUUAUAUAUAGUGACCUUAAAUGCUCUCCUUCAGGCAAUUAUCUAUAUGCGAGUCCAUUUGAGGUUUAGGACAAAAUGGACAGAAGUUAUAUAGAUGGUCAACUUUUAAGUAUAAUCAAAUAAAAGUCUGGUCAUAUUUUGUGUUUUAGGGUACUUUGACACAAUACAAAAUAUAGGAUUUUCAAAAUGUAAUCUUAAAUCACUAUGUAUUUCUAUGGGACAGAUUUUUUUGGGGGGUGGUGAGGCAAUUGGGGUUAAGUGACUUGCCCAGGGUCACACAGCUAGUAACACUAUGUAUUUCUAAUAAGGUAGGUAAUGUAAAAUUAUGCCUAACUCAAGAUGAACACAAGAUCUACCUGUAGUUUGUUAUAAACAUAGGAUGCCAUCUUUCUUCAGUUUUCUUUUGUUAAUA